AUGCUGCCUACAAACGUUAUGUCUUUUAUGAAAAAGAUGGUGACAACAGAGGAGACUGCAGUACCAGGUCAAAUAGAGACACCUGGAACUUUCGGCAAGUUGCGGCAGACGUUAUCAUCUUCACUCCUUACAGCACAAGACAAAGUAACAACUAAACUCGGGCCACGGCCGGUAGCAACGGAAACUGCAGUGGAGCCUGCGCCAGCACCGCCGCCUGCCCAGCCGCCGCCUGCCACCACACAACCAACCAAGACUGAACGUGAGGCAGGUAAAGCGCCAUCUAGAGCGGGAGCUUGCCGAGUCUGCCUAAAAGCGUUAAAACCAGGCGAAGUGUUUCACAUUUGCAAUGGCUGUCAGCAUCGAGUAUGCGAAGACUGUUCUUCAUACUCUAAACCAGCCAGCGAUGACGAGGCGAGUUCGUGGCGAUGCUCGGUUUGUCGUCGUAAGGCUGGUCCAAGACUUCCGCCAGCAGCUCAAGAUAGUACGGAUUCACUCCUCGACGUGCCUAUACUCGAGGCUUUACAGCGUCGUCAUUCUGAAGCGAGACUCGGCAGUGGCAGCUCGAGCACCGCCCUGGCACCGCCCCGUUCACCCGAACUACGCCGACAUUCAGACGUAUCACCCGCAUCACUAAAGGAACUAGAGAAAUUAAAGGGUGGCGGUAGCGCAACGCCGAACGUGGAGUCGCGGCGGCCGAGCACCGCCACGCCUGCGCGUCGCCGCUCGGUGCGCGCGCUCACUCCCCGGCAGCGGUCUGUCGACGAGGAUCAGAAAGCCCCUGGGUCUGCGCUCGGCGCGCCACCGCCAAUGUCUAGAAGGGCAUCGGCGGUAGAUGUGGUGGCUGGCGGAGCGUCGCGUAGAAGUUCAUAUCGUCCUGAACCAGAUACGGCCGAAUCGACUCCACAAAUUAGCGGGUUAAGUGUUGAUGAAGAUCGGCCAAUCCGACGACGAGGCAGUCAACUUCCGGAUAUUGCUGCAUUACAACAGAGAACUGGUGCACUCGGUGCUAUGGCCGCUCUUACAUCACGUGGUUCUGAUUCAUCUGACGCAAGUAGCGCUUCUGCGAUUGCUGCAGCAGCAGCAGCCGCUGCAGCCGCAGCUAGACAAAUGUCGGUUGAUGCGGAAGCGAUUAAAAUUGUCAUACACGACGUGGACGAUCGAACACCAAGGCGUGUGUCUUUACGGCGCGACCCUAAUGAUAAAGGACAUAGAUCGCGAGGUUUUGGAAUGCGAGUGGUAGGAGGAAAACCUGACGCAAGUGGACGGCGUGAAGCUGUCAUCGUAUGGACCGUUCCUGGGGGACCAGCCGAUCUCGCAGGGUUGCAACAAGGAGAUAAGGUACUAGAAUGGGGUGGUGUUCCGCUAACAGAGCGCAGUUUCGAGGAGGUAUGUGCUGUUCUGGAGCGCGGCGGCGACAGCGUGGAGCUGCUGGUGGAGCCCGCGCCGCAGCUGGACGAGCCGCCCGCGCCGCCCGCGCACGCCUCGCACCACCACCACGCUCUGUACGAACCUGAUACGGACAAAUCACCAUCAUCGCCGACGCGAAGGAAAUUGCCAAAAACCCCGGAACAAGACCGCGUGGAUCGGGCUCGGGAGCGUCCACCGGCGCGCGCACAGCUACAAGUGUGGUUCGAAAACGAACUUCGUAAGCUGGUGGUGGUUCUUAUCGCGGCUGAUGAUCUUCCUCCUCGAGAUCAUACUUUGGGAUAUGGCGAUGAACCGGAAGCUUUUGCAAGGAUACGCCUUUUACCGUCACUUGAGAGUUGCCCACCCGUGGAAACAGACCCUGCAUCUGCAUCAUGUACUCCAGUAUGGAACGCAACACUCGGUUUUGGUGGCCUCACUGCAGACCUUUUAGCCGGCCGUGCGCUGGAACUUACUCUUUGGGACGCUUGCCCCGGUAUCGAUCCUGUGUUGAUUGGCGAAUGCACAAUGGAACUUGAAAAAGCAUUUUCCGAUGAACGUGCAGUGUGGUGGACACUCGAGGAACGUGGCACUCGUUCAGCUAAUGCCUCGCCACGUGGUUCACUUACAGGGGCUAGAGCGUUGCGGCGUGGAGACUUUGCUUCCCAACGUUCCGUUUCAGAUGAUGUGGACUCGAUUGGCGAAUGCGCAUCCCUACUUCACCCAGACCACGCUUGGGUAGCUGGUUCUCGCCGCGGUUCGUCACAAUCGGAGACGUUAGAGGUGGAAGUCUAUCAACUCGGAAAAGAUUUUUCGCGAUCUCUACCUGGAUCGAGGCGCUCAUCUUUUCAACAACAAGAAAAAGACGGCGGCGAGCCGGCGCCGUGCGCGCGGCGCGAGCGGCGGCGCUCGUCGUGCGUGCGGCGCGACCCCGACGACAUCCUGCGCUCGCUGCGCGCCGUCAAGGGCGAGCUGGGCCGCACGCUGUCGCUGUCCGGCUCCACCGCGCGCCGCACGGCCACGGGGCGUAAGGGCAGCAUGUGGGCGGCGGUGCCGGCGGCUGGCGCGGGCGACGCGCUGCUGGGCGACGGCGACGUGCCGCUGGGGCCCGGCCAGCUGCCGCCGCGCGGCGCGCACCUGCCGCCGCUGCACGCCGAGAUCAACAUCAGCAUCAUCAUGAUCAAGGGGCAGCUGGAGCUCGAGAUAUCGCAUGCGCGUCGGGUUUACGGAGUUAACGGCGAGGUGCCAGAUUCGUACGUCAAAUGCUACCUUCGAGACGGCGAAAAGUGGCUACACAAACGUAAAACGAGAGUCAUACGACGCACCACCGAGCCUCACUUCAAGCAGACGUUGAAAUAUCAGGCGAGUGAAGCUCUGGGGCGCACACUGGUAGUGAUGCUGUGGCAACGCUGCGGAGGUUUCGAGCACAACCUCGCUCUCGGCGGGGCGGAGAUCUGCCUCGACAAGCUGACGCUGCCGCAGCGCACGUACGGCUGGUACCCGCUGUUCCCGGCCACGUCGCUGGCCGCCGACGAGUCGCCCGACUGAUCGCGCGAGCCGUCGCCGGAGCGCCGCGACGAUUACUAGCGCUUCCCGACGGCUCCACUCCACUCGUCCCUAGUGAUGAU